AUGAGAAUUUGCGUGGUAGUUCCUGGUACAGCUUCUGAGUCCGAGACCCCUGUCAGACCUCAGCUUUCCGAUUACAUCGACACAAAACUCUAUCCGAUCGAGACCAGGCAGAUCACUAAAGAAAAUGCAAUCGCGGAAAUUGACGAUCUAGAAAUUGGGAGGGCUGAUGUUUUUAUCAACUACUUGUUCCACCAAGAUCCUUACGAUCAGAAGUGGGCUGAAGCCUUAAAAUAUCUAAACACUAAGACGAGCCUGACGGGAAUUGGCACUGUUUCUGAUUCUCUUUUGAAGUCCCUGCAUGUGGCAGAAAGCUUGGACAAGGCAAAUGGGGUUGGUCCGACAACUUCACAACUAGCCUUACCAAAUGCUACUUUGAAGAACCAAGGUGGAGAUUUUUCCGUCUUGGUUGUUCUCAUCGGGCAAAAUGCCUUUGCGUUAACUCCACUGGAGUACAAGGACCAAGAAACAACAUGGAAACUGGCUGGCGAUUCGGAGUUAACUGAGCGUCUCCGGGACAAUGCUAAAUCGACGUUUGAGCACAUCCGAGGAACUACUGAGGAAUAUCUUGGAUAUUUGCGCGUCAACUUGCACGUCGACAGGGCGUCUAUUGAGAUUAGCACAAUCAAUGCGGAUCCUGCGCCUCGCCUCUUUUAUCCACAAGGUACCAGUCCUUGGGACGAUGAGGUGAUUGCAAAGACAUUCCCGGGAGGACAUGCAGCAUUUUUCGAAGUCAUUCUUUCCACGAGGCUCGCCAGGAUACCGCAAUACGUUAUGCGUAACGAAGGCUGCGCCAGGCAACAAGGCAGGCUUGCUCGUCUUUACUACACAGUCCUUGCGACCAACGUGACUCAAACACGCCUAAGCCCGUUCGUUGGAAAAUACGACUACAACGGGACCGUUCUGGACUGUUGUUCUGGCAGUGGAGAGUUUGCUCGUUUUGCCAUUGAUGCUGGCGUUCAAGCAAAGUAUACGGCUCUGGACUAUUCGGUGGAAAUGACAGCGCUUCCAAUCUCCAAGAAAUGUUAUGAACAGCCCUUCAUUAUUGGUCCUGUGCAGGAAAUCUUGAGCAAAGCCCCGAUGCAUGAUCAUGUUGUUUGUUUUGGCUCGUUCCAUUUACUACAACCCUUUGACUUCUUUUCCACUGUCAGUCAAAUGUUCCUCCGUGCCAGAAAAUCUGUCACUUUCGACGUCGACGACCUCUCGCAGACCUAUAUUCAGAAUUUCCCAGAAGCCAGUAGCGAAAAGUGCUGGGAGAAACUUGAAUAUAACCAUAACAACGUCGCUCAGGCUUUCCGUUUCGGCGUCCCAGUUGGCUGGCGUGCUGUUCUGAACGGCGAGAGACGUUUUGCGUAUCGCUCACUUGUGAUGGGAGAGGAUGUGUACACUCACUCUUUUCGAUUUGAGAGAGUUAAGUAA